GCGGAAGACUCCCUUGUACCGCGUCUCGUCCCGCUUCCGGCCGGUCUUUAUUCCGCUUCCGGUCCGACGCCGGCGUCUUUGCUGAGGGUCACAUUGAGCUUCCAGCGGUUUCAGGCGCGACUCUAGGAGUCAGCACUAUGGCAGAAGACAUCCAGACCAAAAUCAAGAACUACCAGACAGCUCCUUUUGACAGCCGCUUCCCCAACCAGAACCAGACCAGGAACUGCUGGCAGAACUACCUGGACUUCCACCGCUGUGAGAAAGCAAUGACUGCUAAAGGGGGUGACGUCUCCGUGUGCGAAUGGUACCGGCGUGUGUACAAGUCUCUCUGCCCCAUAUCCUGGGUGUCAGCCUGGGAUGACCGCCGGGCGGAAGGCACGUUUCCUGGGAAGAUCUGAACUGGCCCCCCCACCUCAUCUGUCCUCCGUCCUUCUCCACAGGGUGGUGCAGGGGGACCUGGGUUCAUGGUGAUUCCCACCCUGAGAUCCUGAAUCAUGGUUUAACUAAUAAUAAAUACUCGCUGGAAAAGUGUAAA